AUGCCUCCAGGCAGAUUGCCCCCUCAACUGGCGACGGAGCUUUCCAAAAUCGCCAAACUAUCCAAUGUCCAAUCUGCUCUUCCCUCCAUACUGCGUCCCGCUCCAACUAUUGCCAUCAUGGCAGGGGGAGCUAUUGCCAGGGGAACCGGGGGCAACAACCUCAUUGCGGAAUGGAUACAGGGCAAGGACGAAGCACUUUGCCUGGGUGCACCAAUUGAACAAUCACAGAUCUUGGCCCAGGGCAACGCUGCACUACUGAUGCAAGGACAUGUGGCGCGCCAUUCGGGAAGAAGCUUUAAGACGCCUAUCAUAUAUACCGAGGACCAGUUCGCGCAUCCGAUAUGGAAUCGACCUAUGUGGACAAACAUCCCAAUUGCAGCCUCACCAUUACGGCGAAUGCUGACUGAUGAAAAUCUUCUACGACCUGGGGCGUCUUGGAUUUGUAUCAAGAGGAGCUCGGUGUAG